GAGGAGGGCGGGGCUCCAGCAUCAUCACCACCGGCCAUCACCGCUUCAUUGUAGGCUGCUGCUCAUCCACACACCACCGCCGUGGAAGGCCGUUUCAGAUCAUCACAUUAGUGAAAAAUGAAGAUGGCAUGGACGUUGCUUCAUAUGUAUUAGGAUUUCACACUGAGAAUUCCCUCUGAGCCCUAAAGUUUAACAGGAGAAUGAGGAGGAGGAGGAACUGGAAAUCUCAGGAACAACUUGGAAGGUUUCUCUAGAGUCUCAAUGAAAGCUACAGGAGCGGUUCUCUAGACUGUUACUGAUGGCUAAGAAAGGUCGUACGAAGGGCGAGAAGCCCGAAGCCCUGAUUUCUGCCUUACAAGCAGCCAAUGAAGAUCUCAGGUCCAAACUAACUGACAUCCAGAUAGAGCUGCACCAAGAGAAAUGCAAGGUAAGCAAGCUGGAACGAGACAAGGUGCAAGAGGUAAAGCGGGUGCGAGAGCAGGAGCAGCACCGCCACACUGCCAUGUUGACGGAGCAGCGGGCCAAAUGGCACGAGGAGAAGCAGAAAGAGCUUCAGGCUCUCAGGGAAAACCUGACGCGGCAGCAUGAGCAGGAGCUGGCACGGCAUGCCAAGAUCAAGGACCAAGAGAACCAACGGCUCAAAACCGCCCUGAACGCCAUUCGGGAUGGCAGUGGAGAAAAAGUGCGCACAGCGCUGACCCUGGAAGCCAGAGAGGAGGCACGGCGUUUCUUCGACCAGGAGAGAGUGAAGCUCCUGCAGGAGAUAGUCGAGCUGAAGAACGCCAAGAAGCAGACCGACGAGGCUCUGAGCAACAUGAUCCAGGCAGACAAGAUGAAGGCUGGAGACCUGCGAGUCGAGCACCAGCAGCAUCAGGAACAAAUCUCUAAAAUCAAGUGGGACUGUGAGAGGGACAUCCGCAGGCUGGUGGAUGAAAUCAAAUCUAAAGACCGCACCAUUUUCUCCCUGGAGAAGGAGCUGGAGUCCACUGCUGGCUGCCUGCAGAAGCUGCAGCUGCAGAAAGACGCCCUGGAUGAACAACUAUUCCUCGUCAAAGAGGCAGAGUGCGGCCUGGGAAGUCCAAAAAGGGAAAUCCCAGGAAGAGCUGGCGAUGGCGCAGAGCACUGUGGAAGCCCUGACCUGCGAAGAAAUCAGCGGCGAAUUGCUGAACUUAAUUCAACCAUACGCAAGUUGGAGGAUCGCAACUCGCUGCUGGGGGACGAGAGAAAUGAACUACUAAAGCGAGUUAGAGAGUCUGAAAAGCAGUGCAAACCCCUACUGGACAAGAACAAGCUGCUGAAUAAGAGGAACGACGACUUGACUCAGAACAUUCAGAAGCUGGAGGAGAAGCUGAAGAGCCUGACAAAGGAGAACCUUGAAAUGAAGGACAGGAUAGGCUCCCAUCCUCCUCUGAAGAAGCUGAAGUCCCUUAAUGACCUGGACCAAGCUCAUGAUGACCAGGAAAUAGCCUUCCUCAAACUUCAAGUGCUGGAGCAACAAAGCAUGAUUGAUGAACUAACGAGAGAUCGUGAAAAACUGCUGCGAAAGAAGAGGCAUAAAAGAAGCUCAAGACCAGUGAAGAGACACAUCGUAGUAGACACCUUCUUUGGCUAUGAUGAAGAGUCAAUGGACUCUGAGUCUUCCUCAGUGGCGUCGUUUCGGAUGGACAGAACCCCAGCUACUCCUGAUGAAGACAUGGCCGAUGGGCUCGCAAACGAAGAAUCUGAGUUACGGUUUCGCCAGCUGACCAGGGAAUACCAGGCCCUUCAACGAGCCUACGCCCUGCUGCAGGAGCAGAAGGGAGGCAUUCUGGAUGCAGAGAUGGAGGCCAAGGCUCACAAGCAACUGCAGUCGGACGUACUGCGGUACAAAGCCAAGAUAGAAGACCUGGAGAAGGAAUUAACCUUGAAGGGACAGGACUCCAAAUGGGUCGAGGAGAAGCAACUCUUCUUACGAAGAAAUCAGGAGUUGCUGGAAAAGGUGGAGAAGUUGGAGUCGGAAUGCAGUCGACUGCAGCAGGAGCUUCAGGACUCCAGAGACCAAAACGAGCUCCUGGAGUUCAGGAUCCUGGAACUGGAGGAGCGGGAAAGGAGGUCUCCACCUUUUAACCAUUUGAGAAUGCACCCAUUCUCCGAGGGAGUCAGUGCUCUGCAGAUCUACUGCAUGAAGGAAGGAGUCAAGGACGUGUGCAUACCAGAUCUCAUUAAACUGCUAGACAUUCUUGGAGACAACGGGAACUUGAGGAAUGAGGAGCAAGUGGCAAUAAUUCAGGCUAGCACUGUUUUGUCACUGGCAGAAAAGUGGAUCCAGCAGAUAGAAGGGACAGAAGCAGCACUGCAUCAAAAGAUGAUGGACUUGGAGGUAGAAAUGGACAUGUUCUGCAAACAGAAAGGUUAUCUGGAAGAAGAGCUGGACUACAGGAAGCAGGCCCUGGACCAGGCCUACAUGCAAAUCCAGGAGUUGGAAGCGACGCUUUACAACGCCCUGCAGCAGGACAAGGUGAUAAAGUACGGCGAACCCCUGAAUGAGCUUCAGAAGGAUGAGCUGAGGAUGGCGGUGGAAAAGCUGAGGAGGCAGAUGCUGAGGAAGAGUCGAGAGUACGACUGCCAGAUCCUCCAGGAGAGGAUGGAGCUGCUGCACCAGGCCCACCAGAGAAUUCGGGAUCUUGAAGACAAGACAGAAAUCCAGAGAAGGCAGAUUAAAGAUCUGGAAGAGAAGGUGGCGUGUCGCCUCAGGGAUCUCCUGUGGGACUGCAGUGUUGUUUAUGUGUUGGACAAGCUGAAAACAUUGUGCCGUCGUAACAUCAGUGAUUCCAGAUGUUGUUGGUGGAUUAAGCCAGUGCACACUUCGCACAUUUCUUUUAUGUUUUGUUUUUUUCCACGUGAAGUUGAGAUCUUCAGGAUUCUGUCCAGGACUGUUUAUUUUUUUAGCAAAGUUUGGACAUUAAGCAUCUCCCCAAAUGUCUGAAGAAACAGUCAAAGGCUUGCAAUGAAAUCUAUACACACAAAUACUGACAUAAUACACAGUUUACACACACAUGCAUGCAUAUGUAAUGCAGACACGCACACACACACACACACACACACACAUGCUUUGUCAGUUGAAAACCAAAGCCUGGAAGGUGUUCUCUCUGCCAUGCAGGGUCAUAACGUGUCCACAGCCACAACGGAACAUAAACAGAAAGAAUACAAACCACAGAACCACAGCCUUCCCUCUUUUUUCCUCUCUUUCAUCUGCUGCCCAAAGCUGUAAGAACGUUCUUUUGGGAUGCAAGUCAUUGAUGAGUAAAAGUGAGCCAACUCAGGGCCCAUAAGUGCAGAAGCAGUGGGAGCGGUUCUGACCUCAGGCCAGAUUACAAUAAGGAACAUUUGGGACUCGCUGCCUCACCUUCUGGCCUGCCGUCGCUGCUCUCAGGAUGGUGCUGACACAGACUGCUCGCACUCUCCAGAAGGUUAUUCCUGCAGAUGGACGAGGCUGUCCUGCAGACAGUGGCGUGUACAGACUCUGUAGAGGAAUCACGAACACUCAGGUUCAUCACUGGAAAAAAGGUCAGGAAAGGUAAAAACCAGAAGGAGAUGACGGCCUCUGACGCAGCUCCUCUCAGCAUGGAUUUCCAGGAGGAAAGCUGCACAUUGUGGAACUGCUUCUUAGCAUUUUUUUAAAAGCCAGAAGACUGAAAAGAUGCAACUCUCUGGAUUUCUUUUUUUACUGUUCCAACCACUUAAACAACAGUUCCGAAGAUCCCCCAAAAACCUGUAAUGUAAUAUAUAUAUAUGCUGUUGAUAUGUACAUGGGUCUCAAUUAUUUUACGUAGUCUCCCUUAUUAUUUUUUGUGAUAAGCUUUACUUUUUUUUACUCUCUAAAGCAGCUUGAACAGUUAAUGUACUUGGCAGUUUAUAAAUGACUUACAAAGAGUAUAAACUGCUCUGGUUUAUUGUGGUGAUGGCUGCAAAGAAGAUGAAUUUUAUGCCCUGUAGAGUUAUAACUGAAAAGCUGAAUGAAUGUGGAUAAAAAACAAAUUUAUCUUUUUUCCUUCCCCUUUUCUACACUGUACUGCUCACAUUUUACUGGAUGAAUCAGGCUCUGGGUCAGUUUUCCCCUUCGUCAUGUCGUACCAUCAUUUCCAUUUUGUACCCACAAGCACACCUAUGCGUCGUAUACGACUGUAUUCCCUCUCAUAAUUAAUUGGGGUGUAAUAAUACAACCAGCUCAGGAGACAAUAUGAGAUUUUAAAAUUCGUAAAAACACUUAGAAAACCCUUUUAUGGAAUUAUGCUAUUUUUCACCAUUUUCAGAUUGUUUAAGAAUCUGAACAUUGCAGUCCAGGUUUGACUUCAUAUAUUGUGGUUUUUGUGCGAGUCUAAUCCUAAUUCUGUCACAAACAGGAUUGGGAAUUGUCCCUUUUUGUCUUUUCUCAAAUGAAAUCUGAGACUGUGGGUUAUGUUAAAGUAUAAUUCAGCUUCCGUCAGUCUAAGCUAGUGGUGUCCAAAUCCUCCUUUGACAUCAGACAUUGAUGCUGGGCGCUGUGUGUUUAGGCAGCCUGCUCAGAGGUUGCAGACCCAAAGGGGCCUGGCUUGAAACUCAGCAUUCAUCUGAGCAAUGUGCUGAAUGAAUGAGGGACUUCCAAAGGGGGAAACCCUGAAAGGCCUGAAUUUAUUUUAGAUACUCCUGAAACUUUUUCAAAUUCUUUCAGUGCAUGAAAUACACUGGAUGUUUCCAGUAUUCACAGAUUCACCUAUUUGUGGAUUUUUCUGUGCAGCAUAACUCCAAAUUAUUUGUGGAAAAUCCAUUAAUUCCUCAAUUUCUUUUAAAGAGUUUUUCUACAUUUUUUGGAAAGACAAUUCCUCAGAUUAAUGUGACUUGAUACACUAUCAAAGCAGCCAAUCCAGGUGCACCAUUUAUUUUUCCUGGUGCUGAUUGGCUGUAACUCCAAAAGCGGCGAUGAGGGAGAGUAGAUAUUAGCUUCUGCAGCAGUGCUGAGACGGUUUAUGUGUUGAAGCAUAUCAAAGUAUAUUGAACUACUAAAAUAGGCAGUUAAAAGUGUUUUUGCAAAGUCUGUAUUAAUUGAAUCCAAAAUUAAAUUAAUUUGAAUUUUGAUUUAAUGAAUUGAGUCAAAGUACGAAAUGGCGAAGGGAUGAAAUGACCAGCAUUGUUUGUUUUUAUUUACCGAAAAUCUGUUGCAUCUAUAAGCCAGUAGGGGCGCUAGUUUACCCAACCCACGUUUUAAAUUUGUAAAUAUUUUAAUACCACUUUACAAUAUCAUGCAUCAAAUUUACUUCAAAUUCAAACCUAUUUAUUAUUUAUUCACUAUCUUAAAAUUCUUUAUCUAAUUUAAAUGGCUUUUUUAAUGAAAAAAAGUCUAGCACUUCCCAGCCUAAGAAUACUGCAGGUUUUCUUGCUUUGUUCUUGUUAUACUAACCAAAAGUUCUUUGAUACUAACAGCUUUCUUGAACUAAACCCAAACAGCCAUGCAGAGUUCUGCUUCUGCAGGGUGAAACAGGAGAAAGUGAGCGCAAUGUUACACCGACUUCCCUCCCCUGAAGCCAACUCUGCCCAGAGGCUGAAAUAUUCACUAGCUAGCAGGUUCCUGUUCUCCGUGUUCCUGAGCGGGACGAAAGGAAUCUGCCUUCAUUCGACCUUGGGCUCCAUUCACAGGCCACGCUUCAAACUGGGAUCCCAUUACAAUGCAGAGCAGCAACACAGCCACUCCACUCACUUCACUCAAACUUGUUGUGCUAACUCUGCUGGCAGUCGCCCUGGAUGCAUUCUCCCUUUUCUUCUCAUAAAUGUUAUUUAUUUUUCAUUACUACGUCACAUUUCAUAUACUUGACAUUUUUUAUGUUUUUGUCUCUUGAGUGUCUUCCAAUAAUAAUGAAAACCCUUUAUAUUUUAUUUGAAGUAGCAAAGAAAAAAAUAAGUCAAAUACACUUAUAGACUUAUAAUAUACCUAAAACUUGUUUCAUUGUUUUAUGCUGAAAGUGAGCAUUUUAAAUACUAUUAUGUUUUUAUGCAAUAUUUGUCAUAUAAACAGAUGGAUUCUGUUUGAUCUACAGUUCCUUGUAAAUGCAUUUAUACCCUUUGAGUUUUUGCAUGAGUUCAUGUUACAACCAAAAAAUCUAUUUCAUUUUUAGUGAAUUUUAUGACAGAAAGUAAAGCAUAACUGUGAAUUAGAAGGGAAAUUACACAAAUUUUUAAAUAUGUUUUAAACAUACCAAUAAAGAAACCUUGUGUUUAGAUUCCACCAUCUUGCCCUCUGAAGGAAAUAAUUCUCACUUCCACAUUUUCACUUUGCCCAAAACUCUUCACCACCACCGGUUCUCCAGAUCUUCCCUGACUAAUGGUCUCCUUUCCCAGGUGGGUUUGCAGGUGAUGCUCAUACGUUUCCACCUCUGGAUGCAGGGCUGAACGGUGCUUCAUGUUUAUGUCAUUGUCACAUCCGGUGAUCAUUGUUUUAUGUUUCUCUACCAGAAUAAAAAAAGGGCAUUGAGGUUUGGGGUUCUGAAAAAAUGCAGAAAUGUUCAAAGGGUAUAAAUACUUCUGCAAGGCGUUUUAUAACUGCUGCAUAUUAAGCUGGGCUAAGAUGUGAUGAAAAUUAUCGUCACCUUCCUAAAAUAAUGCCUCAAGUUUUUUCUUUUUUCUUUUUUAUUUUUUUUGCCAAAAAUGAUCUGUUUUGCAAUACAAAGGGGUGAUUCUUCUUCUUCUUCUUCUUCUUUUUUUUUUUUUUUUGGCCCAAAAUGACAUAUUUUACGAAGGUGAUGUUUUCUAAUAUUAUUUUCAAAAGCACACAUUUGUUUUAUUUAUUUCCUUUGCAAGAAUAUAUUUAUUUAAUAAACUAGACUUAGACGUUUUUAAUUCCACAUGUUGUAUAGGUUGGAAAAAAGUUUGAUUUCUUUUUCCAUUUAUGCAUACCAUUUUCUGUGGCUUUAUUCAGAAAUGAUAUUUUUUUCACAUCACACUUUAUUGUCAUUAUUGCCCUUUAACUGCCAUUGUCAUUGUGUCCCACCUUACAGAGUUCUGCUUUGUUCAGCUCAUUAAGGUCCAGAUUCCCUCCAUCUUCUGCUUCACUGAUAUUUAAAAGACAAAUAUAUCAUGUGUCCACUCAUCCUGUUGCCUUUUUACACAAAUAAUGUUUCUGUGAUGCAUUUCUUUCACUGCAGCUCUGUCAUACAAAGGCUCAAUGUUUAACUGUUCUAAGACUUUGGUUCAUUCUAGAAAUACAUAAGUAUUUCUAGAAGGCUCUGGGGGGCCUCCUUUGUCAAACAAGCUUGUUAAACAUUGUGCUUUUCCACAUUGUGGCCUCUGAAAGGCCGAGUGGUUCCAGGAUAACAGUCUGUCUUUCCACUUACUGUCCUUGCCAGCCAAGCAAGACAAGAACAGGAAGUUUGAAACUGGUUUUGUGCCGGAGCUUUCUCCUGCCAAAGGAUGUCUGUCAUUAAAAAAUUACAUCAUUCUGUCUUUGCAUCAUUUCACCACUCAUGCAGAGGGCAAUACAUGGACUGACUAAACAACUGCCUUCUACAACUAGUUCAAAAAGGGAAAUAAAGUUUGAAGUGAAA